CAUUAUUUCACCGCUCUCUCUCUCUCACACACACACACACGUAGACAUAUACAGGCACAGGCACCGGGGCUGAUUCACUUGUUUAGCCUCCUGUCACGGCACAAAGAAGGGACCGAUAAGACGCACUGCAUGGUUAAAAUGCUCGGGAGAUCUCUGAUGAACGUCGGACUGCGCGUGAAGUGUCAGCAGCUUAAAGGGAUCCAGAGAGUGACAGCGGGACUAAACCCUGCCAACUAUGGGGACACCCUCCGCCGCGAGGCAGCCUCCACCAGCACCGUCAUGGGUGUCAACAAAAUGAAAACUAUGGAUGAUUUAGGCGGACCGAGUUUCAUGACUACCUUGUAUUGGCUUUUUUUAAAGGGAUAUUUCCAAACGACGCAACAAAUGCAAAUUGAGCACAGCAAGAUAUACGGCCCCCUGUGGAAGUCCAAAUACGGCCCUUUGGUCGUGGUGAAUGUGGCCAGUGCCGACCUGAUAGAACAGGUGCUGAGGCAGGAGGGUAAACACCCAAUCCGGACAGACAUGCCCCACUGGAGGAACUACAGAGAGCUCAGGAACCAGGCCCAUGGACCCCUGACUGAGAUGGGGGCCAAAUGGCAGCGGAUUCGCAGCAUCUUGAAUCCACGAAUGCUGAAACCCAAGCACGUCUCCUCCUAUGCCAACACCAUCAAUGAGGUGGUGUCAGAUUUUAUCUGCAGAGUGAACUGGCUGAGGGAGACCAGUGGACAGGGAGUCAUGGUCAAUGACCUGACUGCAGAGCUCUACAAAUUUGCUUUUGAAGGAAUAUGCUCAGUGCUUUUUGAAACCCGUAUGGGCUGCAUGAGUGAGGUGAUCCCCGAGAAAACCCAAAAGUUCAUUGUCUCCGUGGGGGAAAUGUUCCAUCUCUCCCAAGUCGUCAUCCUCUUCCCACAGUUCCUCUGGCCCUACCUGCAGUCCUGGAAAAGGUUUGUCGCAGCCUGGGAUCAUCUCUUCAAAGUUGCUGAAGAACUGGUGAAUAAGAAAAUUGAGGAGAUCCAGGAGAAUGUCCACCUGGACAAAGACGUGGAGGGAGCGUAUCUCACACACCUCCUGCUCAGUGAACAGAUGAACAGCACAGAGAUCCUGGGCAGCAUCACUGAACUCCUCCUGGCAGGAGUAGACACAACCUCCAACACUAUCUCCUGGUCUCUGUACCAUUUGGCGAGGGAGCCAGAGAUCCAAGAACAGCUGUACCAGGAAGUUAUAAGCGUUUGCCCUGGGGACAAGGUGCCAAACAGUGAUGACAUAGCUCAGAUGCCGUACCUGAAGGCCAUCAUCAGAGAGACACUGCGCCUGUAUCCAGUUGUGCCAGGAAACGCCCGCGUCACUGUUGAAAAUGAGAUUGUGGUGGGGAAUCAUCUCUUCCCAAAAAAGACGCUGUUCCACCUGUGCCACUACGCCGUGUCCUAUGAUGAGAAUAUUUUCCCCAACCCUCACACCUUCCUGCCGGAGCGCUGGCUCCGAGGAGGGGAGGAUAAGUCCAAGCAGCACCCGUUCGGGUCAGUACCAUUUGGUUUUGGGAUCCGGGCAUGUCUAGGUCGGCGGGUGGCUGAACUUGAGAUGUAUCUCCUCCUCUCCAGGUUGAUAAAGCACUAUGAGGUGAAGCCUGAUCCUGCUGGAAAACCAGUGAAGCCAAUCACCAGAACUCUGCUUUGCCCUGCUACACCAAUCAACUUACAGUUUCUGGGCAGACAAGUUAAGCAGGCGGAGCCAAGAGCAAAGUUAGCAGGUUCUCCGUGAGCUGUUUUUCUAUUCAAAGUCUUCAUUUCACUAACCACUUGUUUAUGUGGAGUUUUAUUUCAUGAAAACUGGAUUUAUGUUGUACAGUAUAUAAUGGAGACACACAUACAUCUUCCUCCACUGCUUAUUUAACAAGAUAAACUGGAUCACAUUCAAACAUACCUGCCUGGCCACCCUCUACAUUGACAUCUUCACCCUUCUGCAGUCCUUCAUGACUGAAGAAUUGUAAAAUAUUACUAUUAGUAUUACUAUAGUUAGAUAAAUAGCUACUAUAUUAUAAAAAAAACGAUAUACUAUUGGCUGAAAAUGACAAGCAGUGGAGGAAUUUUUCAAACCAUUUCAUUGGGAAAAGGAAGCAAUAAAACACUAUGGAAACACCUUAUUAAAGAAAAAACUGUAUUAGUGGAAAAUUGUGCAUAAAGUAUAAAAACUGAGAUAAUUAUUCUGAAGAAAAUUAUUUCUCAUCAACGUUAAAUUGAUUAAAAUUACUUCUAUAUAUGUUUAAGGGUGACCUAAUUUUAAAUACUUUAUAUUGUGUUUAAUGUCCAGCUCCAUUCACAAAAUAUCUUAAUUAUGAGUUUGUAGUAGCUGUCCAGUGAGGAAGCUGUUCAUGACCACAGAAACAAAAGUCUACGUCUUUAUUUUGCACAUUUAGCAUUCAGCAAAAGCAGAAUUAAAAGGAUUGAGCAACGUGUGACAUGGUUAACUGUCAAUAUCUACAGGGUGAUUUCAAAUAUGAAUGAAAAAAGAACGUGGAGUGUUGGCAAAACAGCUGGUUAAACAUUUAGACAUUCUCAUAGAUGCUAAUCUGAAAGUGCUGGCUGACCCUGCACCUGGUCAACUAGCCUGUUUUUAUUAGACUGGACAUGUUCAGAGAAAUCGUCACAGCUUUCCUUGUUAAUGUACUAAAGAAGUUAUUAAAAGCUUUUUCGUGCUCUUCUUUACAUCACAUAUGUUAACAAAGGGUGUUUAGCAAGAGGGAACUUCUCUGUUAUGAUGCUAAAUCUCUAAAGCUGGUUUGCUUGGUAAUGCAGACCAUAACUGAUCUCAGAGCAGUAAAAGCUGAGCUAGCGGCAGCUUGCCUGUCACGCUAGUCUGCCAUCAGUUUACUGGCAGACCAGUGGUUUGUCCACAAUGCACAUGUGCAAACCACAAGAAAAAGGUUUCUGGCCUCUCAGCUUGCCCAGCUUUAGUCAUUGGUAACAGGAGAUGGACACACCCUCAGGGACUGACAAAGCUGUGGUCUCCUAGGAGACUGAAAUAAGCACAUCUUUCAGUGACAAUGUUACCAGUGGUCACAAGAUGGCAGUAACGUAAAGCCACACAUCAAGUGAAAGAGAAGGAGCUUUAUAGCAGUGCUGUCUGAGGUGAAAGGAGACAAAUCACUUUACUUUGGUGUGUUUUACUUUUUGUGUAUGUUCAGACUUGACAACACACUCACAAAUACACACACACACAAGCAGUAUGUAAUCUUGCUUUAAUUAAGGAACAUGACUGUCAAUGCAAGUGAAGGACUUUGAAUGCACAUGCAGUACUUGUGUGUGGAUGUGGAGGUUUGGUGUGAGUUCAUUUAUGUAGAAAUUGGGGACCUAUAUCAGCUCACACACCAGUUAAUUUGGGACUACUGUCCCCAGUUAGAUUUGAGGCACAUAAAAUAUUUGUAUUUAGGGUGGGGUUUUUCUGUGUCGCAUUGUGUAUGUGUGUGUGGUAGUUCUGAAUGUUAAUGUGCAUGGUUAUCUGUCUCUCUGUGUUAGCCAGAGUUGCAUAAACAGAAGGAAAUUAAUAGGUGGAUAUCCCAUCAAUGAUCAUGUCUGAAAAUAAAUCUAUACUGCACAGGUUUUUAAAGGCAUUUUAACAUAAAGUAAACUUUCUUCAGGAAAUCUAUCAUUUUAAGUUUAAAUUUUGGUUUUAUUGCUGAUUGUUGGAAAGUUUUAAUGUUUACUAUUAGUAGUAUAUACUGUCGUAGACCAAUGCUGCCCUCUUGUGGUCUGUUUUGUCCUUGAAAACAUUUUUCAUUCACGCCUUACUCAUAUUCUUUCUUUGCAGAGACAAUAGAUUUUUUUAAGCUUCUUUAAUGUGUCACUGUCCAGACAUAGCUUUUAUAGUCACAAUAAAAUGAUCAGGUGGCCAGUGAGCAAGAAAAUGUUUAGCUGUGUUCUGGUGACUUGUUUGAACAGCCAUGUGAUUGUUAUUACCACUUCUAUUAGCUGUUCGAAAAAUGUUAAUCCUACACUUACAAGUCAUGACCCUCAAAGUGAUUAAUAAAUCCCUACAUG